CUCCCCUUCGGUUUAAUCUAUCAGCCCUACUGGUUAUGAAACCAGUCAAUUGGAUUUCACUAUCUAAUACUUCUGACGUUAACCAAGUUUCCGAGACAGCGAUAACGUCCGGUUUUUCUUUAUCCACCACUGACUUCAGCUCCGCCAUUUUAUUUAGUAGGCUGCGAGCAUUUGUGUAGCACACUUUUAAGUCUGUGGAGAGCUUUCCCUUGCCACCCAGAGUGGCUUGGGGAUCGUUUUGCUCCGAACUUUUACAAUCUGAAAACCCUUAAGAACGAGGUUUCUUUCACUGUUUCGGUGACGCUCGUUUAUUUCCGCUGCUGCAGCUCUUCUCUUGAUACGAUCAGCUAGGCUGAGGUCCUCACGGACAUAUAUUCCGGAUCCAAUCAGUUUACGUGAAUUACUUAGAAUCAGGUUCCUUUCUUCCACCGUGUUGAAUGUAACCUUUAGGAGGCGGUUUUUCUGAGGACUUUCGGAAUCCACCUUUUUUCCUAUUCUAUAAAGCUUACAAAUACUAACUCCUGAAACUGUAUCUGGGAGUAGUUUACUUAAUGAUGUCUUAAUAUGAUUGAAAUCAUGUUCAAAUCUUGCCUUUGGUUCAGUAUCUGAAGAUUCUCUUAUCUUAUGAAAAAUGACUGAUCUAUCAAAGAGAUCUGUCUUUUCACGCGGUGAGGAUGUUUCUUCUGAUAACAUCCCUUCCAAUGUCUUGCUGACCAGCUGCGUUUUGCCUACAGCCUUUUUCUUAUUUUUUUUCUUCUUACCGAAGUCCAUUUGUCACCACUCAGAACAGCCACACCUGGACUAUGUGGAACGGUGACAGUUUUAUCCGGAUCUUCUAUUUCGACUAGAGGUGUAUGACUGCCGAUGUCAUUAUCAAGCGACACUUAAUUUCUCGUUAAUGUCAACGGAGAUUUCACGUUCCCGUCAACCGCAGUUAGGUGUUUAAUGGGUCCAGUAGCAGCACCUACUACACUGACACAUUCUUCAUCGUCAGUGCUCCUGUUAUCCGUGCUUCCGACAUCGUUUUUCUUGCAGGCCGAAGCCAAUAGGCCCAUAGCCUCUUGUAUUAGUACCUUUUUAUCCGUACAGCAGAACAUACAAAGCCAAUGCGAGUUAGGCUUCGAGCAUCUUUUGUAAGCCGUCGGACUUAGUCGUGUACACAUUUUGUGAUACCACUUUUUACAGUCGUCACACUGCAUUCCCUCCUCAACGGAUCCAAUACACAGUUGGACAGACAUUAUCCGUCCAACUGUGUAUUGGAUAUGGACUUGUAUGAUCUAAAAUGUUCUCUUUAGUAUUAGCAUUGAGCCUAUGAGCAGUGAACAGAUGUCUGCACGCUAUACCAUUCGACCAGGUAGUGACUCUGCAGCAAAAUGAGGGCCAUUAUCAGUCACCAGUAACAUAAGAACCCCUUCCCGACUAGAAACGUUUCUCAAUGUUUGAAUUGUUAAGUCAAUAUGGUGAAGUUGGGAAAAAGCUUCAGGCCACUCAGAAAAAGAACCAACGGCAACAAGUUCACAGCAUUUGCCGAGAAAUGGACCACUAUAGUCUGCAUGAAUUCUCUGCCAGGCCUUAUACGAUACUGGUCAUGGAUGAUUUUUCGACUUACGACAUCUUCCACGAUUGCUUUCUGUAUGACAUCUGGAUUUAUCUCCAACCACCAACAUAUGAGCCUUUCCUUUCCUAUAUGUUCACUAUGAGGAUCCUCAAUGACAGAUUCACUUAAUGUAGGAGGAAUAACCGCACAAUCAUUUAAACACAAAAUACCAUCAGGAGUAGUGAAUAACUCAUCCCGCUUAGAAAAAUAGGCAGGAAAUCUACGUUUCAGCUGACAUGAAAAAUCCAAUUGAAUUAAAAACUGAAGCUAAUGAGCUUUUUAAAAAAGGGCUAUACCGAGAAGCUAUUGGCUUAUAUGACGAAUGCCUUGGUUUAUGUGGGGUUGAUAAGAGUAUGAAAUUGGUGUUACAACGCAACAAAGCCCAGUGUUUUUUAAACCUGAGAAACUUUAAUGACGCCCUGACGGCUGCCCUGGAAGCUCUCAGUAUCUCUCCUGGUGAUCCAAAGGCGCUCUAUCGUUGUGCACAAGCAUAUGAAGGUAAAGGAAUGUUAAAAGAGGCUUUAGAAACUGGAAGAAGGCUUAUUCUAGUUGACCCUAAGAAUAAAGCAGCUCAGAAUCUGACUCACAAACUGGAAACCUCAGUUGCUUCGUACGUCGCAGAAUCUGAAAGCCUUACAGGGAAACUAAACAAGAUGUUCGACAUCGUAAAUGACAACUCCAGCUCUGCCGAUCAAAUAGAACAGGCUAUAGUUAAUUUAUCUAUCUUGAUAAAAGAAAACCCUAAAGUUGCAAGUUCACUGAUCUGGACAAAUCCCAGUUUGUCGAAGAUUUAUUCCGUUUGCCGGAACUUUAAUCAUAAGUUGACCAUUGCUUGUCAUCGUUUGUUGGCUCAGCUUGUGGAAAAUGAGCGAGAUCGGGGUCUUACUGUUUUACAUGAACUUACACCACAGUAUUUUGUAAACGGGAUAUUUUCACGUAAUCCUGAUCAUUCGCUGGAACGAUGUCGAUUUUUAAAUGCUAUAUUGGAAUCACUUACUCAGUUGAAAGCUUAUCAUUGUGCUAAAGAAGCUGCAAGCGUUCGUGAGGAGACUGAAAGUAAAAAAGUCGCGCCAUGUUCUUACCCGAAAUACAAGAUUGACUCUACAGUUGAAAAGCCAGUGGAGGAAAUUUUAACAAGUCUUCUUCGAUCUGUAAAUAGCUAUCGGUUAUGCCCCAAAACUCGAGACUAUAUUUUAGAAAUAUUGGUUAGAUAUGUACCAUCUGAUAAAGGUAUUGGAUGGUCACAGAAAAUUUUUAAAAUAGAAGGUGUUAUCGAUUCUUUACUAGAGAUAGCUUGUGCAAGUGGAAUAACUUCAUUAAAAAAUUGGCGUUCAUCUCGUAUUAAUAAACAUACCAAUAAAGAACUAAUUUCUAAUAAACAUGAAAUAUCAUGUCAAAAUUCACCAGAUGGAAUUCGUUUAGCUACUACAAGUGAUACACGCAUGACUGUAGCUUGUUUAUUAGCUAAGAUAUGGGAUGAUUUAACUUCAGACAAAAGUCGAGAUGAAUACACUAAAAUAUGCAAAGAUUUUAUCAUUGAAUUAUUCGCUGAUAACUAUAUAGAAAGUAAGGUUGAAGCUGCCUCAGUUAUUGGUACAUUAUUCCUCGGACCUUAUGAAGUUGGAUCAGGAAUAAUUUCUCAAGAAGGGGUUUUUGAUGGUCUAUUACUUCUUACACAAUGUGAGAAUAAACUUUAUCAGACAGUUGCAUUAGAUACAAUUGUAAUUGCCACACAUAAGAAACAACAAUGUUUAAAUAUAAUAUCUAAAGCUGUUCCUUUAUUACAAUCAUUGUAUAAAAGUGAAAAUGAUGGUACUAGAAUUCGAGCACUUGUUGCUUUAUGUAAACUUGGUGCCGCUGGUGGUACAGAUGCUAGUGUGAAAAGUCUUACAGAAGGCUCUAAUCUACUUCUUCUCAAAGCAUGUCGUCGGCUAUUAUUGGGUAAACGACAACCAGAUCCUGAUGUAGAUGAUAUUUCUGCAAAUAAAUCAGCCGAUGUUCAUUUUAAUUCUGAAGGAGAAGUUGUUGUAGAUGAGAAUGAUGACGAUGAUGAUGAAAUUCGAAUUGAAGACGUAUCAGCUAGUCAACCAGUGGAGAAAAAAAAGGAUAACAAACCUGUAAAUGGUUCUACCGCUAGUACUAUUCAUUUCGAUGAUUUAGAUUCUGCUCAUUGGGCUGUUGAAGGUAUGGCUUAUAUAACAAUGAAUGCAGAUGUUAAAGAGGAAAUAAUUAACGAUGGUCAUUUAGUGUCAGCUUUAUUACGUUUUGCUGAACAUUGUCAAAAAGACUCAUCAUUUGCUUUAUGCAGUGUUUUAGCUCAUUUAACGAAUAGUUUUGAACGUCAACAAAUUGAACCGGAAAUCCUUGAAUUAGCGAAAUUUUCUAAACAACAUAUUCCAGAAGAUCAUCCAUACGAUUCAGAUGCAUAUAUUCAAGAACGUCGUCAAAAAUUAAUCAAUAUGGGUUUAGCUUCUUCAUUAUAUCAGUUGACAAUGCGUAUAGCUACUGCUUUGGUCGGAACAAAUCAGGGUUUGUUCGAACUAAUUUCUCGCAUUUAUUUAGCCUGUUCCGAAUUAGUUGAAUGUCGUGGUAAACUUGUACAAGGUGGUUCUGGGAAAGCUCUUCUUAAAUUAUCAAAGAGUGCUUUGAAUACCGAUACAGGUAAAACGUUAGCUUCUCAAGCUCUCGCUCGUUUAACUAUCACUGCAGAUCCACGUGUAACAUUUCCAGGACAAAAGUCAUUGGAACUUGUUCGCCCACUGCUUCAUUUAAUUCAUGCAGAUUGUAAUGCAUUACAAAAUUUUGAAGGUCUAUUGGCUUUGACAAAUUUAGCUUCAUUGGGAGAUACACAUCGUUAUCGUAUCAUGGCAGAACAUGGAUUACCGUUAAUUGAUCAUUGUCUUUUUGAAGAUCAUCCAAUGAUCAGGAGAGCUGCAACAGAAUGUGUAGCUAAUUUAGCUCAAUCUCAUGGCUUUGUUAUAUCUUCCGGUGGUACUAUUCCUUUGGAUGAUACAGAUUUAGCUAAGAAAUUAUCAUAUCUUACAUGUCCUACAGAACGUGUAAAAUUGCUAGUUUUAUAUUGUGGAGAAUUAGAUGAUUUGCUUCUUGUACGUGCAGCUUCUGGAGCUUUGGCCAGUAUGUCAUAUGAUCCAGGAAUUAUACGGAAAAUUACUAAUGUCUCCUCAUGGUUUGAGAUUAUUCAAACACUAGCUGGGCACUUUUCAUGCGCGUUACAACAUCGAGCCGCUCAUAUCUUGCAAAACUUUGUUCUACAUGGUGAACGAUCUCUUGGUGAAUACUUUUGCAAAUCAAAUAUGUUUGAAGUUCUAUUAUCAUUGAGUCUAUUGCCAGAUAUCGAUCCGGCGGAUCAAGUGCUACCGGAUAUUAAACCUUUGUAUCCCGGGUGCAGUGAUGGACGUAUUCGGGAAUUAGAACAAAAAGAUCGUGAGAGCACAAGAGAAUGUUCUAAAAAAGCUUUAGAACGUUUGAAAGAGCAUGGACUUGUGCAGAAAAUUCCGAAGUAAUGAGAAGAAAUAGUCGUUAAAAUAACAAUGAACAAGUCAGACAUACGCAUUUCCAAUUUUUACUUUAAACAAUUAUUUACUGGUUUUUAUGCAUGUUGAUUUAUUUUAUGAAAACUUUUAUUUGUUAGUAUUUUUACCGAAUUUAUCAAUUAAAGCCCACCGCAUGCUGCCUUAAAUAUUAUUUAUAUCUCAUAGAUGCUUUUUCCUGUUUAUAGUUAUUUUAGAAAUGCGUACUUUUCUUAAUUAUGAGUUAUUUUC